CACAGUGGCUCCCAGAGGACAACUGGCUGGUGGCCCUGGCCGGAGGCAUGAUCAGCAGCAUAGCCGUGGUUGCAGUCAUGACCCCCUUCGAUGUGGUCAGCACCCGGCUGUACAAUCAGCCCGUGGACGGAGCUGGCCGGGGCCAGCUGUAUGGCGGCCUCGCCGACUGCCUGGUGAAGAUAUGGCGGCAGGAGGGCCCCCUGGCACUCUACAAGGGCCUGGGCCCCGCCUACCUGCGCCUGGGCCCCCACACCAUCCUCAGCAUGCUCUUCUGGGAUGAGCUCCGGAAACUGGCCAGGCAGGGCCAGCAGCGGGACACCUAGGCAGCCUCCCUCACAUCCUGACCCAGCCGGGGAACUGGCAGGAAGGCAUGGCCCGCUCCAUCUGGGGACAGCUGGGCUGCCUCGGAGCAGGCCAGAGGCUCAGGCCCUGCCAGGGGCCCUGGGGAGUGUGAACUGCUCUGGUAAACCCAGCCCCAUGGCCUACCCAGGGCCAGAGCAUCUGCUCCAAAUCAACACCCACUGUUUUCCAGAAAGUUCUCUUCCCUCUCUGGACUGAGUUACCUUACUCAUUGCUACAAUGACUGCUCCAGGGCAUGAGCUGGGUCACUUACAUGCAUCAGCUUGCUUAGUCCUCAGACAACAGCCCAGGACGCUAAAAUCCUCUCCUGGUAAGGAAGCUAAAUCUCGGAAAGG